AUGAAGGCAGCGUUCGCCCAGGUUGCUACUGAGAAGAAGGACAUCGUACCAGUUGCAACACCAUGCAGGUCUCAAGUGCCUGAGGCAACUCCAGAGGCCCCAAAGGUCCCUGCAGAGCUUCCAGCCCAGUCAGAUGCCAAGGAUCAGCCUGGCUCUGUGGAGGAACUUCCAGCCAAACCUGAGCCCGUGCAGUCCGAGCCCCGCAAGGUGCGUCUGCGGAGUGCAGCCAAAGCUCGGUUGAUUCGCUGGGUGAAGCCUAAGUCGACACGUCUUGAUCGAAACGCACCGGACAUCGUGAAGACACAGUGGGCGACAGGGAAUAAAAACGCCUUGGCAGAUCUUUUCUCCAAGCUCAACUUUUGUGAGGAUGAGUUUCUGAACCAAUUGAAGAUCAUCGUGAGCAAGAAGCAGUUGAUUGAACUUACCAUCGAUGAGGGAUGGUAUGCCGAGUCAGAACUCAAAGAUGAACUUGGAUGGCAGAAGAUUGAUGGUGCCAAGAAGCGGUGCAAGACCCUUGGAGACUCUCACUACAGGCACAACAUGUAUGAUGGGUCGGAGGAGUUCUGGGUGGUGGUCAAGGAGAAGGGAAAGCGUCAGGAGAGUGCGUCUUUCGAAGAGAUCCACGAGAAGAAUGGUAAGGCUGAAUCUGACCCUACUUUCCAGUACGAAGGCAUGUUCAAAGGCUUCGGUGCGCUUGACACACGCCAAGCCAACGAGAAGAACAUGUUGAAGAACAUGGGACCCGAUGUGGAAUCGAAAUAUGCACAGACGAAAGACCGUUUCAAAAAGUUUAUGGAUUCAAUGAUGAGCAAGAGUGGUAAGCUGCGCUCACUGAUGAAAGACUUGAAGAGCAAGUAUUCCGACACUGACGCAGCAGAGUCCGUCCAGCAGCUGAAGACACAGAUCACCAACCUCGAUCAGGAGUUUGACAAAUGUCAAGAGGUUUGGACAAGGGGUGAGGCUGAAGGAUUCUUCACUGAAAAGUUUCUUAUCUACAACACAUUCCUGCAAACAUGGAUGUGA